GAAAACAAGAGUGAAGUGAAGAAAAUGUCCCUAGCUGCACAAAAUCCAUCUGUUGAGCAUCAUCAGAGAAUCAUAAUACUCAACAAAAAUGGUGAAAAACUUGUUGGCAUAUUGCAUGAAACUGGAACAACCAACGACAUUGUUAUCUUGUGUCAUGGUGUUCAAUGCUCUAAAGAUACGGAACUCAUAGUGAACCUUGCUGUGGCAUUGGAAAAGGCACAAAUUAGUUCUUUCCGUUUUGACUUUUCUGGAUGUGGGGAAAGCAAAGGUACAUAUACGAGGGAUAACUUUUGGGAAGAGGUGGAUGAUUUACGCGCUGUUGCUCAACAUUUCCGUGAAUCAAAUCGUGUUAUCCGUGCAAUUGUCGGACAUAGUAAAGGAGGUGACAUAGUACUUCUCUAUGCUUCCAAAUAUCAUGACGUUAAAACUGUUGUCAACGUCUCUGGACGUUUUGAUCUGAAUAGACACAUUGGAGAAGGCCUUGGUAUAGAUUAUUUGGAAAGAAAUAGGAAGGAAGGUUUCCUCGACAAGAAGAAGAGCUCAGAAUGUUUUGAUUACUGUGUUACUGAGAAAAGUUUGAUGGAUUGCUUAGGUACAAAUAUGCAUGACGAAUGCCUUAAGAUUGACAAAUAUUGCAGGUCCUUACAGUUCAUGGUUCUUGCGACGAAUUGAACCCCAUUCAAGAUG